AUGAAGUGCGACAGCAAUGGGGAAGGGAACCGCCACAGCUUCCAUUUGCAGAAGAGCUGCUGCUCCGCCUGCGCUUAUCCCGCCGCUCGCAAGAGGACAUACAACUGGAGUGUGAAGGCCAUCCGUAGAAAGACCACCGGAACUGGUCGCAUGAGGUACCUCCGCAAUGUACCCCGCAGAUUCAAGACCAAUUUCAGAGAAGGUACCGAUCGAGGCUGCACCAAGGAAGAAGGGUGCAUUUCUUCCUGCUUAUCUUUAUUUCGAUCUUAG